AUGAGUAUCCCAACUAGCUUCCAGGAACUGGGGGCUAACGUUACCGGGGGCGAGAUGAUGAAGAACCAAACUCCGAUCCAUUUCGUCGCACCUGGCGAUGAUAAUGCCAAUCAGCUCGCACCUGCAGCUGAUGAGGGAGAAGGGCGACUGCUGGUGGGGGACGCUGGGUACAGCAACACUUCUCGAUCACCGUUGGUGUCUCAGAGCAUUACCGAGCAUAAGAUACUGAUUUGGGGCUCCGAACGGGAAUGUGCUGAUCCGGAGCUCCGGGAGUUCGAGCUGAUGGAGUGCCAGGAGACACAACCCUUCCUGAGAGAAAUGGGCCCAGAACAGGGGGAGGAAGAGGAGGAGGAUGAUGAUGAUGAUGGAGGGAGUGUGAGAGAUGGAAAGGAUGAGGGUCCCAUGUCUAUAUCCUCCAGCUCAACUGCCAGCUCUGUGUCUGUCAGCAUGAGGAGAAACGACAAUGACAGCAACAAAGUAGAAAGUGGGAUGCAAAGGGGCAAAGAAAUGCAGAGAAGGAUCGGCUGUCACAGCUCUGAAGACCUGGACACAUGUACAGCAAGUCCAGGAGGAAGGAGUGACACCCGGUCAGGCAGAGGAAAGGACAGGGAGAGACCGAAGGGAGGUCUGAAGGAGUCAAAGUCUGAAACAAAUGUAUUUGUCUCCAGUCUGUCAGCCAUUUCCCUGAGUGGAAGCCUGGCCAGCGCUUUGGACAGUAGUGGAGAGGCCCAGACCCUCUUCUCUCCCCCCAGUCUCAAGACCACCACUUACCCAAACUCUAACACCACUACCUCAGCCCAGGCCAUGAGAAGGGCACCGCCCGUCAGCCAGAACACUGCACCUUUGCAUCCUCAGGAGCAUCAACACUUCUGCAACCAGGGUCAGAGACAGGAAGAUGGAGGCCAUCAUAGAAACGGGGUGUCCUCCUCCGAAGGUGGUCUGGGCCAAAGGAGAAAGGGGGGAUUUGAAGAGAGGGUACUGCCACCUCGACUGCAACAAUUAGUCAGACCCCUCUGCCAGACUGAGACAGGGAGAGGGAGGGGUUUAGAAGAGCCGGUGACCCAAGCUCAACAGAUGGAGACCGGACACCUACCCUCUGCCUCCUCCUCCCCCUCUCUGGAUCCUCAGAGUUUUGGGACUAACAGAAGGUAUACAAGAUCGUCCCUACGCGAGCCCUCCGACGUCUCCCACCUAUACAGCAUCUCUGGAGUCUCCCAGAUCAGACAGGUCAGCCUGGCAGCGCAGAAAGAAACUCGACCGCCAGAUAAGCAGCCAGCAGCUGCACAACGUAAUUCCAGCCCAUCCAGUCCUUCCGAUUUAGAGAGGAGACCCCAGAGCCAGGUCACGUACCGCAGGAACUGCUCCAGUCCCAACAGGACCGGGAUGGGGUCCAGGGCUUCUUCCCCUCCCCAUUCUCCUCUCAGAACACCUCAGGGCUCCCCACGCAGACAGCCCCCUGUGUACCUCACUUCCAGGAAUGUCGGCGGGCUGAUGAGACAUCCUGUGCCUGGAUGCAGUCCUGCCGUAGACACAUCCUUUCAGGGCUACAACAGCGGCCUGAGACAACCAGUGAAAAACAACAUAAGCACAACUGGAAUCCCCAAAGCGCCUCUUAACAACCAGCAAAGCCCACUCAAUUCUAACCUUAGCUCCAGCCCCAAAGAGAGGUCACCUUCUCCCAAAUGCAUGGCAAAGCCUAAAGGAGUGCGUCCCAAAAUCAUCACCUACGUGAGGAAAAAUCCUCAAGUCAGGCUCCAAGCUGCAGAUGGGCCAUAUCAGGUGUCCUCUCUGCCAUCCAGGCUUUCAGCGUAUGCACACAACCAAACAAAUUCACCCGGCUCCCUCAGAGAUGGACCUAAAGACCCCUCCAGACCUGGGGUGGAGCCCAGAGGAGCCACCGACAUGCUUUACGGGAAAUACCGCCAGGAGGCACAGACGAGUAUAUUCCCGCCAGGAAUGCUGACCAGGAGUGUUAGGCCUCCCGGACAGACACACACCCUUCCGCCGGCAUACACACACACUCCUCUGCACACACACUCACACAGCCACACAGCACCCCCGAAACUGGGCAGCAAGGCAGACAACUUCUACGGAACACUUAAUGAUAAGUACAUGCAAUCAGAGAUGGGCCGACCCUCCAGCCUCGGAGGGAACUCUGCAGAGGACCCCACGCGUCCCAAGAUGGCGGCCCAGACCGGAGGCAGCGGCAGCCUGCUGCGUUCAGGCAGGGGACUCCGACUGGGCUUAGGAGCUGUGACCAGGACGACAUCGGGUGCCAGCAAGGGCAGAGGACUGGGCCCGGGUCAGAAAACAACCCUCGUCUUCAGCCAGCCGGUUCAGGCUGUCAGCCCAGCAACCAGUCUGAGAAGUCAGGAGAAUGUUGAAGAUCAGGUUUUCACCCCUCCGCCCCCCUCAACUACACCUGCAACAACAACAACCACAGCUACAGCCCAGCCCCAGCCUCCAGCCUCCAGGUCCCUGCUUCCCAAAGCCAGCCAGGCAGGCCUGCGCCCUCCAGGCUGCGGCUCCAGCUCCGUCCGUCUCCCACCGGGGCGCCUGGCAGCUUUCGGCUUCGUCAGGAGCUCCAGUGUGUCCUCCGUCUCCUCGGCCCAAUCCGUCGACAGCACGCAGAGCGACCCCUGCAGGCCAGGUCUGAGCGUGAGCGAGGACCCGCCCCUUCACAGGGUGACCACCGCCCCCUCUUCUGGGGACCAGCAGAGGGGGGGGCCCGGCCGUGGCACCAGCCUGCAGCCCCCCUCCACACCGGCCCUGCCCAGACGCUACCUGCCCGCCCAGCAGAGGAACUCACCUGGAGUUGGGAGGAAGGACAUCCAGCGCGGCUCAGAGGUCUCCCGUUCUCUCCCCUCCUCCCCCAAGAGGCUGGCAGUGGUUCCCCCCAAACCCCAGUCUCCGGUCCAGUCUCGGCAGCGCCCAGCAGCAGCGGUCCGAGGCUCGGGCCCCCCCGGCUCCCCUCGCCGCGUUGCCCCCUUCAGGCCGCAGCAGGAACAGCAGGAGAGCCUGCAGAGGGAGAAAGAGGACGCUCAGAGAAGGGAGAAAGAGAGAGAAGCGGAAGAGAGAGAGAAAGAGGCGCAAAGGGAGGAGGUGCAGCGGCUCCAGGGACGCUGUGAGCAGCAGGAACGGCAGCUUAUAGCGCUGAGAGAGGAACUGAGGAAGACAACGUUGGGUCUGGAAGCCUUCAUCAUCACCACCCAGUGCUACUGUCUAAAGAACGAGGAUGCCGAAGAAAAGGAGAGAGAACUGCUGAUGGAAAUGCAAAGGCUCCGAGAUGAACUGGCGUUUAACUCGCUGCGAUGGGACAGACUCCAGCAGGAGAAGAUGGCGCUGGAGGUGGCCUUCGAACGAGAGCUGCAGGAGCUUCAGCUGCAGCAGGAGGCGGAGCUAGCGGCUGUGGAGGAGGGGCUUAGGAAGUGUCACUCAGCAGAGACGGAACAUCUGAGGGUGGAGCACCGCUCCGAGGUGGAGGAGCUGAGGACUCAACAGCAGGAGCAGAUGGAGGAAAUGGCAAUCAACCAACAGGCGGCGAUCCAGGAGCUACGAGACAUGCAUAACAUAACGAUGGCAACGAUGCAUGAAGAGCACGCCCGCACCAUGAGGGACUUGCGGAAGGCUCAUGAACAGCAGAAGAUCAUGUUGGAGGAGGACUUUGAGAAACACAGGCUGUGUCUCCAGGAUCAAGUGGACACCCUGACGUUUCAGAACCAGAGCCUGCGGGACAAAGCUAAGCGCUUUGAGGAGGCGCUGAGGAGGAGUACGGAUGAACAGAUAGUGGAUGCCCUGGCUCCGUACCAGCAUAUUGAGGAAGACCUUAAGAGCUUGAAGGAAGUUGUUGAAAUGAAGAACCAGCAGAUACACCAGCAGGAGAAGAAGAUAUCUGACUUGGAGAAAGUGCAGGCUCAUAAGAACGUGCUACUGGAGGAGAAGGUCCAGGUUCUACAGCAGCAGAAUGAAGAUCUGAAAGCUCGUAUUGAAAUGAACCUAGUCCUGUCCAGGCAACUCUCAGAGGAAAAUGCCAACCUCCAGGAGUCCGUGGAGAAGGAGAACACCGAAAAGAAACGUCUGAGCCGCAACAACGACGAGCUGCUGUGGCGUCUGCAGACCAGCCCUCUGAUGUCCCCCUGCUCCUCCCCGCUGCACCGCUCCUUCUCCACCUCCCCCGUCCCUUCCUCCCCCCUCUUCUCCUCCUCACCUUUGGCAGGCUGCGACUCCCCCACUCACUGCUAUAGCUGCCCCCAGCCUGGCACCCCAGCUCAUUACUCCUCCCCCUCACACAGAGCCACCGCCAAUCAAAAUCUUUCCCCGGGACCAGCCACACCCACUCGCAGAGUUCCAGCCAAUCACUGUAACUCAGAUGCUCGUUUAAACCCCUGUUAG